CCCCGCGGCCCUCACUGUGGCACAGCCCCAGAAGAGGGUCCCACUGCCUCUCGGCACACAGAGGUGCUCGCCCUCUCCCCCUCCAGCCCAGCCCCCUCCUCUUCGGGGCGCUGCCUUGUCUUGCCAAGAAGGUUUGGCCUCUUGUGUUUCUUGCCACUGGGUGCGAUGCCUGGGCUUUACCAGCGCGGAAGAGAAAGAGGCCUCUGCGCAGCAGCUCCCGUGAGAGCGACCCCCAGCUGCCCCUCAUCUGGUGCCCACGUGCCCACUCACACCCUCGUGCCCCCGCAGCACGCUAUGAGCAGAGGGGCCAUUCGAGGCAGAGGUUCAGAUCAGGCACCCCCAAAACACAGCGGCCACUUUAACCCCACUUUCUUUAACGGUCCUGUUGUCCCGCAGGGAGGUGGCCCCGAGGAUUUUCACCAGCGGCAGGUCUUCUUCCUUAAGGGGCAAAUUUCCGAAGCGCCACUGCUUCACACCCAGACCGAGAGACCCCACGUGUCCCGGGGCUACUACCAGGCUCCGAGAAUCUCCUCUCUACCCACUCACCCGAAUUUCUCCUGCAGCCAUUGGGGUGGGGUAGCCAGAAGGCCUCCCUAUAGCAAUAACUGGCUGGAACAGAAGCAGGCUUCUCAGCCCCAGCCAAAGUACGGCAGCAGAAAUCCAAGGAGUAGUACUGACCUGCUUGCCUCAGACUUGCAGAGGCUGCAUGUAGACAACAACGGUGUGGAGCAAAAGCUCUUGGCCAUCUUGGGGCAGCUCGCGCCUGGGGAGGCAGAGCCAGCUCGCUGGUUUGCCCGUAAACUCAACAUCCAAAAGAAGGAGGUCAACCAUCAUUUCUACAAGCUUCAGAGGCAAGGGAAGUUGUGCAGGAUAGAGGGGACCCCUCCGCUGUGGAAGCUAGCGAGCUAUCCCAAGCCCCAGGCCGCGGCACGGCAAGCGCCCCUUGCCAGCUGGAGGGAUCAGGGCCAGCUCCCAGGUGUUGGGGCUGGGCAGGAAGAGGGCGCUCUCUCCGACUCGGAGCACCCUUCCGACUCUGCGGACAUGGCCGAAGUCAGGGAGAAGAUCUGCAACUUUCUGUUCGGUGUCGAGGACUCCACUGCGUUCAACCUCGCCAAAGGCAUCGGCUUGUCCAAGGCCAGGGACGUCCACGCCACCCUGACGUCCCUGGAGAAGCUGGGAGACGUCUGCAAGGAGAAUGGCAACCCGCCCAAGUGGUCCCUCACCAACAGCAAGCGGCAGAGGAUGCAGCUCACGCUGAAAGCCAGAGAGCUCCGAGAAGUGGUCCCCCCCGCCCCCCCCCCCGCGCAUGCAGAGAUGCCGGCCACUGUGCCAGCCCCGCCUCUCCCAUCCCCUUCCCCUUCGCUGCCCCUGCCGCCGCCGCCGCCGCCCCCUCCGCCGCUCGAAGGUGAGGAGGAGAAAGUGGAGAACGGGCAGCAGGCAUCUGAGCCGGUAGAGCAGGGGGGCGGCUGCUCCCCCCGGACAGGCCCCCCUCGCAAGCAGGCCCGGUACCACUGGUCCUCCAGUUACGACAACUUUGAGAACGGCAAGUGGGCCACGGAUGACAUCCCGGAGGACCUGAACGCCAUCAGCAACAACCAGGACGAGUCCCGGUGCAUCAUGGAGUCCCCGCUGUCCCCCAGCUACGCGGCCCAGUUCGAGACGGCCUUUCAGUGCACCCCCUUCGAAAAGCUAAUGGUGUGUCAGAAAAAAAACCCGGUCAGCGGACUAAUCGAAUACACCCAGUACACAUACCAGCACUGUGAGUUCGUCUUGCUGAAGCAGAGCGGGCCUUCGCACGAGCCGCGGUUUAAAUUCCAGGCUGUGAUUGAUGGCCGCCGGUUCCCUCCAGCGGAAGCGGGCAGCAAAAAGCUGGCCAAGCAGGAAGCCGCGGCCAACGCCAUGAAGAUUCUGCUCCACGAAACCGAGCACGAGGGGGAAGAUGCCAUGGAGCCCGAGAAAUCUCUCUAUGAAGACAGCUCCCUCAGCGAAGCUGAGGUGAGAGGUGGCUGGCAAGAAGCGGAGCUUGCACGGGGGAAGCUGGGGCCGGAGCAAAGUGAGCCAGAGUCUUCAUCAACGACGUCGCAGCUCAACGCGCUCUCCGGGAAGAAUCCCGUCAGUGCUUUGAUGGAAUAUGCACAGAAGUCAGGCAGCAUCUGCGAGUUCCAGCUGGUCUCUCAGGACGGGCCCCCUCACGAUCCAAAGUUCAAGUACUGUGUGAAGGUGGGUGACCGCGUGUUCCCCACCGUGGUGUCCAACAGCAAGAAGGGAGCAAAGCAGAUGGCGGCCGAAGCCGCCAUGAAAGGCCUCAGCGGCGAUCCAAGCAGCUUCCUCGAAGAGAUAGAGGGCCAGGACGAGCAGCCUUCAGAGGCGCCUGGUGGUCAGUCCAUAAACCCGGACGAGAGCAAGGCGGCGAGUGCCAAGGGUAUCGGCGAGCUGAUCAAGUACCUGAACUCCAACCCCGUCAGUGGCCUCCUGGAGUACGCCCGGACCAACGGCUUUGCUGCCGAGUUCAAGCUGAUUGACCAGACGGGACCCCCCCAUGACCCAAAGUUUGUCUUCCAAGCCAAAGUGGGAGGGCGCUGGUUCCCGGCCGUCACCGCACACAGCAAGAAGCAAGGCAAGCAGGAGGCAGCCGAUGCGGCUCUCCGGGUCUUGAUCGGCGAGACGGAGAAAGCGGAACCUGCGGAGGGCAUGACGAUCACAGAGCUCCCCGUGAGUGGAAGCACCCUGCACGACCAGAUUGCGAUGCUGAGCCACCAGCGGUUCAACACCCUCACCGCUCGCAUCCAGCACAGCUUGCUCGGGCGCAAGAUCCUGGCUGCCGUCAUCAUGAGGAAAGGACAGGACGGCCUGGGCGUUGUAGUGAGCAUUGGAACAGGGAAUCGCUGCGUCAAAGGGGAGGAGCUGAGCUUGAAAGGAGAGACGGUCAAUGACUGCCAUGCGGAGAUCAUUUCUCGAAGGGGCUUCAUCAGAUUUCUGUACAAUGAACUCAUGAAAUUCGACCCCUCUGCGCCAGAAGACAGCAUAUUUCAGCCACUGGAAGAUGGCAAGCUGAAGAUCAAGGAUGACAUUACUUUCCACCUGUACAUCAGCACAGCACCUUGUGGGGAUGGUGCUCUCUUUGACAAAUCCUGCAGCGACCAGGCCAACACCACCGGGGAGGGCCAGCACCAGCCGCUUUUUGAGAACCCGAAGCAGGGGAAGCUGCGUACCAAGGUGGAGAAUGGGGAGGGCACCAUUCCGGUGGAGUCGAGCGACAUCGUUCCCACCUGGGACGGGAUCCAGCAUGGCGAGCGCCUCCGGACCAUGUCCUGCAGCGACAAGAUCCUGCGCUGGAACGUGCUGGGCCUGCAGGGGGCGCUGCUGUCCCAUUUCCUGCAGCCGGUCUAUCUCCGCUCGGUCACACUGGGCUACCUGUACAGCCAGGGCCACCUGACGCGUGCCAUCUGCUGCCGCAUGUCGCGAGACGGCAGCACGUUUCAGACCGGGCUGCCUGAGCCGUAUUUUGUCAAUCACCCUGAGGUCGGCCGAGUCAGCGUCUACGACUCUGCGAGGCAGACGGGCAAGACAAAGGAAUCCAGCGUCAACUGGAGCCUGCCGGACGACACCGACGUUGAAGUCCUGGAUGGCACAAAAGGCAAAGUGGAUGGACCAAAACUGGAGGUGUCGCGGGUCUCCAAGAGGAACCUGUUUGCCCUCUUCCAAUUGCUUUGUGCCAAGAUGGAUCGCAAGGGCCUGCAGAAAUUUACCGUGUAUGCAGAGGCCAAGGAAGCGGCCGUCACGUACCAGAGUGCCAAGCGACAGUUUUUCUGGGCCUUGCAGGAGAUGGGCUACGGUAGCUGGAUCUGCAAACCCCAGGAGGAGAAGACCUUUGGUCUGUCUGAAGUCUAGAAGCUGUGCAUUUUAUUUUAUUUUAUUGUAUUGUAUUUUUUGGAUGCAGGGGAUUACAGGAAGGGGUAUUUUUUAUGAUUUUAGGUUUCUUUGUUUUUUAACAGGAGCAGGAAAGCUAACUUAAGGGUUCUGGAGGCCUUCCUUCGGGUUUAAAUUGACAGCACGUUUUAAUUCUGUUGGGAAGGAUGGAGCUCUUCCCCCUCUUUAAUUUUUACCCCUUUUCAGCAAACAUGAGCGAAGGAAUGAUCCAGAUGCGUGUCCAAAAGAGAGAGAGAGAGAGAGAGCGCGCCACCAGCCUCCAUCUGUGCCCAAGUCCUCCCCUGUCCCUUUGCUGGUCAAUAGGCUGCCUUCUUUCUGUCCCUCCUCUUGGAUUUUACGAAGAACCCCUUUCCCAAGCUGUGAAUCAGUGUACUGGUAGCUACACAACACUUCCCUGCCGCCUUAGCUCCCUGGGUAUUUCUUUCGUCGCUUGGUUUGGAUGGGGAUCCAAAGGCUGGGCCUACCUCACGCCUGGGGAGACCCCCCGGAGUUGGCCGGCCUCGUUUUAGGCGGGCUGAAGCCCUCCCGCAAAUAUUUGGAAUGCCGCCUGGCUCCACCCGGCUGCAAAGCGGAGGCCAACUCCCUGCUCCUUCCUGGCCCUGUGGGGAAGACCCAGCCUUCUUUGAGGUGGCUGUUCCAUAGGCGACCAUGCUGCAAACUCCUGUGGCGUGCCAGCACCUUCCCCACCUGUGUCUGUCACUGCCUCCUUGCAGGUGUGUUCUCAUGGCAGCUGCUUGAUGGUUGGUUUGAGCUCAGCUGCCCCUGGCCGGGGCGAGGGAGGGCAACACGGACCAGGGCAAGAGGGCAUCCUUCAGUGAAACAAGCUUGCGGGCUUCUGUUGGCAGGAAGGCAAUCCGGAUGGGGGUGGCGGCAACGCCUUGGGUCUAGCACAGCGGGGCACAGUGGUCUUCCCCUUGAUCGACGGGGGGGGAUCUCUUUCUCCUUCCCUCCUCGGAAUGGGUGCUUGGGCGGUGUAGGUGUUGUUCCUCUGGAGCACAGCCCUCGUGAGGCCGAGGGGUCUCUGCAAGGUGACUCGCCUUCGACAGCCACCCACCUCCUUUCACCUCUGUGGUAAAACUGCAUGGCCGGAUCGUAACGUGCGGAGACUCUCGUAAGGCAUCGGAUGUUCGAUCCUCUUGGAGCUCCACUUGAUCUCACCCCAUACGUCCGCUGAGGCAAAACUCUUCUCCAGGCUGUCCCAUUUCAGGAUGCACGGCUCUGGCUUGAAUCGCUUUCUCCUCCCUGGGACGAUGCGGAAAUCCAGCACUGCAGCGGGAAGCUUCUCGGCCAGUAUCUUCUAUGCGACGUCUGUCCCCGAAAGAGGACAUGUACGGAGGCGCGUUUGCACCUACGGAGGGGCCGCUUGUGCUCCGUCAAGGCACGGCUCAGGACUGCCACCUCCGCUGCGGUUCGGUGCAUGAAGGCGGGUGCUGAGUGCCGUCGGACUUCCGUGCAGGAUCGUGCCCCGAAACCGUGAAGGGAAAAGUCACCGCUUGGCCUCGUAGCUCCUCAAAUGCCCUUCCCCGGUCCUUAAGCAAGCCCUGUGUCUCGACCCCACAGCCAAGCUCUUGGCUGCUGCGGAAAUGCUGGAGCUGGUCAGAGGUGGUUCUCCUGGCUCCACGGGACGCCUUCCUCUGAGGCUACCCAGAGAUGCCUUGUGUUUGUUCUUCCAUAGAUUUUGGAGGCUGGAAGCAAAGCAGAGCAUCGCUGCGGUACAGCCAAGGGCUUGGAGCCGUGUUUCACCAGCUCCCCUUCCCGCCUGGAUGGCUGGGCAGUUGCGGUAGUGGUGUAACGGGGGAAUUCUCUUUAUGCAAACUUUCCAAUUGAAGGCAGCCUCUCCAGUGGCACCACCACCAUCUUCCCACCCAUCCCUUGUCCUCUGUAGAUCAUCUCAUUCCUUAGUUGUGAAGGCUCCGGUGAGCAAAAACAAAACGCAGCUGUAAAUUUAUCGGCGGCAAAUCCAAUCAUUCCCUUUUAAGUGCCCCUUUAGGUACCAUUGUUGAAGUCAUCACAUUCCGCCUGAAAUAAAACAUAUUUUUUUCUGUA